GUUGUGCUGUGCAUAUAUCAAUUUAAUUAAGGGGCCUCAAAACUUGCGAUAUUUACCAAAUAGAAGCCGCCCAAACACUUCUUCUUCCUAUCAGGUUUGGCAUUUCAUAAACCCUAAUUCUCAGUUCCUCAAUACACUUGUGAGAAUCAGAAAUGAAUCUGAAGCACUUAGUUUCCAAGCAAACAAUCAACAAAUUAUCAAAUCUUAACACUACAAGAAUUCUAUCUCAAUACCCACAUUUUCACCAAAAAUCCACAAUCUUUACAUGCUCCAUUUCGCCCUUCACCUGUUCGACGAAAUGUCACAAUGAAUUUUUCCACAAUAAUCGAAAAAUUGAAACUUGGGGUAUUAAAAGAUUCAUUCACACAGCUGAAGAAAUACUAAGUGAGUCAGAAACCGAAUCAGAAGAUGAUUCCACAAUGAAUGAGUUCUUAUCAAGAUUCGUUUGGAUAAUGCGCGGUAAACUCAUACAAGUGUAUCCUGAUUUUGAUAAGAAAACAAUUGAUGGUAUGCUUUUGGUUAUUGUUGGUAAGGUUAUUGAGGAGUUGGAAAAAGGUGGUUUUGAUCAGAUAGUUGGAGGUGAUUUUACUGAUGUUUCGGGGGAUUUUAGUGAGGAUUUGUGGAAGACAGUGUGGGAAGUGAGUAAUGUGGUGUUGGAAGAUAUGGAGAAAGCGAAAAGAAAGGAGAAAAUGAAGAAUUUCCUUCAAGCUGAGGAAGUUAAGGAGAUGUGUAGGUUUGCUGGUGAAGUCGGUAUACGUGGAGAGAUGCUUAGAGAGUAUAGGUUCAAAUGGGCACGCGAGAAGAUGGAGGAGAGUGAGUUUUAUCAGAGUCUUGAACGUCUUAAGGAAGAAAAAGAAGAAAAAGCGGAAGAAGGGAUUGGGGCUGUGGAGGAGGAUAGUGUCGGAGAAAGUGGCGUUGAGGAGCCUAAAGUAGUGACUCUUCCGAAAAGGCGUGGGAAGAUUAACUACAAGAUUUAUGGACUUGAUUUGUCCGAUUCGAAAUGGUCUGAAGUGGCUGAUAAGGUUCAUGAGGCUGAGAAAAUCAUAUGGCCUCAAGAACCGAAACCAAUAGCUGGCAAGUGCCAAAUUAUUACUGACAAAAUCCUUUCGUCGCAAGUGGAAGGUAAUCCUUCUUCACUUAUAGCAGAAUGGGUAGAACUUCUCCAACCUAGCAGGGUAGACUGGAUAAAUUUACUUGAUAGAUUGAAGGAACAAAAUGCUCGUCUAUAUUUGAAGAUUGCAGAACACGUGCUUGGUGAAGAGUCCUUCCAAACAAACAUACGUGACUACUCAAAGCUCAUUGAUGCCCAUUCUAGAGAUAACCGGCUAGAAGAUGCUGAGAGAAUUAUCAGAAAGAUGAGUGAAAAUGGAAUUGUACCUGAUAUUCUCACAUCAACAACCAUGGUUCACAUGUACAGCAAAGCAGGUGAUAUGGAUCGAGCAAAAGCUGCAUUUGAGAGUCUGAGAACUCAAGGAUUCCUACCAGACGUGGAGGUUUACAAUUCCAUGAUCCUAGCCUAUGUAAAUGCUGGUGAGCCAAAGUUGGGUGAAUCAUUGAUGAGGGAAAUGGAGGCAAGAGACAUCAAGCCCUCUAAGGAGAUCUUUAUGGCUCUCCUAAGGUCAUUUGCUCAGCAUGGUGAUGUUAAUGGAGCCCAAAGAAUAGCAAAUACGAUGCAGUUUUCAGGAUUUCAGCCCACUUUAGAGUCAUGCACGUUACUUGUUGAGGCAUAUGGAAAAGCUGGUGACCCUGAUCAGGCAAGGCAUAAUUUUGAUUACAUGAUCAAACUUGGACACAAGCCAGAUGAUAGAUGCACUGCUAGCAUGAUAGCAGCUUAUGAGAAGAAGAACCUGCUGGAUAAAGCCUUAAAUCUUCUAUUGGAGCUUGAGAAAGAUGGCUUUGAGCCUGGGGUGGCUACUUACUCGGUUUUGGUGGAUUGGAUGGGUAAAAUGCAGCUAAUUGAUGAGGCUGAACAGCUCUUGGAUAAAAUUGCCGAGCAGGGUGAGGCUCCUCCAUUUAACGUUCAUAUUAGCCUAUGUGACAUGUAUGCAAGAGCUAAUGUUGAGAAAAAGGCUCUUCAAGCUCUUGGAGUUUUGGAGGCCAAAAACGAGCAGUUGGGACCAGAAGAAUUCGAGAGGAUUAUACGGUCACUUAUAGCUGGUGGAUUUGUACAGGAUGCUCAAAAGUUCCAAGGAUUGAUGGAAGCUCAGGGAUUUACAGUAUCCGAGCAACUUCAAGUAAAACUAAAGGCGUCUCAAACUUUUCUUCGCAGGAGACCAUCUGUAAGAUAAUGUUCCAGAGCAUUUUACGGCCAUGUGGCCCAUGCCUUUCUGAAUUUGUAGCUGUUUGUCAACACAGAAUAGCUAAUAAGUUUUUGACUUAUAAAUGUCCCCUCCAUUGUCAGAUUGCAUCAAUUGUGGUUGUUCUGAUG